GUUUUCAGUUGUUUUGAGGAUGACCCGAAUAGUCGUCUAGGCCUAAUCGAGACGAAAGCAAAUCGAAAUAAAUCCGUCCAAGAAGGGAAAAGAAUGAGACAGGAGAUAGGACAAUGCAAAAUGGGGAAAAUGCUCGCUUAAAAGCUGAUUUUUCCAUUAAUGCCGGAACACAAAUCAUGUUGGCCCCCCAGCUUAUUAAAAGUUCCAACGCGAAGUGAUUCGCAGGCCUUGUAGAUGGAAUUUUAAAGGUAAGGCUAUAACUCAGUCUAAUUUUACACGGCCUAGUGCAUUCACAGCAUCCUUAUUACUUCACCGAGUGAAAUCGAAUUUUCUUCUCAAGCUUUCCGAUGAAUUUCCAGUCGAGCCGCGUAUGUACCAAAUUGAUAACGGUGUUUAAUAAAUAAUUGUUUUCAUCUGUGGCUCUGUGAUAAACCUGGCAGAAGCAGUGAAAAUAAACAGACUUCGCGUUCCGGACAUGGUGAAAUAUGGCACCGAAGCCAUUUUGGACUGUGAUUUCACGUUGGACGAUAGCGAAACUGACCUAGUGGUCAAGUGGUAUUUCAAUACGGCCCUCGUUUAUCAGUGGAUUCCAAGUACGAAAAAUCGGCCGCAAAGUCUGGGUGUGUUAAAAGAUCGCGUGAACUUGAACCAUCAAGCUAGUGUCGACGCAAACAGUAUCCAUAGAGCGUUACACAUUCUCAACACUGGGCCCGAUUUAUCUGGAAACUUUACUUGUUCUGUUUCGACUUUGGAAAGCGAGGACGAGAAGACGAAAGGAAUGCUGGUUUUGGUUUCAGAGAAAUUCUUCGAGCUGAAACGUCUAAAAGCCGACGAGGGAUUCAUAAGGGUACAAUGCCGUGCAGACGGAAUAUUCCCCAAGCCGGUGAUGACUCUCCAUUCACAACAAAGGCGUAUACCAGAAGCAAUUGUGCAAAGUAAACAGGAGGGCCACCUUUACGAAAUCUCGGCCCAGGUGACGUUGCCCGAGCUGGAGAAACCUGAGGAAUUCUCCUGCAAGCUGCACAUUCCCUUGGCGAAUUACACGACACGUCGAGAGACCGUCUUUUAUCCAGGAAUUGCUAGCAGCAUUUCAACAAACAAAUUCCUGACGAUGUUGAUGUCUUUACUAAGCUGUUACAUGGGACUUCCGUAUGUUGGUCUUCAUUAAGUGGCAGAAUUUGGAAAUCAAAGGUGAGCGGAAGCAGCAACAUCCCCAUCAGCAUCAAGAGAAUUUACAUUGUAUAAAGAAUAGAUUUACAUACAACUAUAAAAUGCUACAUGUUUGGCCGUCAGACGUAAUCCAUUGUUAAAUGUAAUAUCAUAUUAAUAAUUGUAAAAUAUGUGUUUUUAUGGGUCCAUAAUGAAAUGUUGUUUAGAGCAAUGCUUUUCUUUAUUGGUUCAACCAUCCUGCUAUUGGGUUCAGUUUCAAUAAGCACUUGGCUGAAAACUCUUGACAACAUUUUUCACUGUUAGCUUAAUGCACUGUUUUUUUUAUUUGGGACUUAAACUGUCUACUGGGAUUUUUCUGGCAAGCAUUCUGUGACGUUGCAAGUUAUUUGAAAUGGAUUGUUUUCUCUUCUUAGUAGAAAUUCGAUAAUUUGAAUUCAUAUCAAUGUGGUCAACAAUUCAAGCAAUCCGAAUUCUUAAUCUCCAAGACUCAUUAAGUCGCCUUUUAAUGCAAUAAAACGUGUCAAAAUUACCAUUUGCAUACAAAGUCGAUUUAACAGUGAACUUAAGUGGCAAAAUGUCGCGUCCUGGCAAAAUUUUCACUGUUCAUAAAUUCUCAAUUAUUUACCACUACAUACUACUAAAUAUACGUAAUUUAGUCUUUGAAAUUUAAGCACCGGACUGAGAGGCAAAAACUAAUGUACAUAUUAAGAGAGAGGUACGAUUUUUAUAUUUCCCUUAAAAUUAAUUUUUAAUAAAAGCUUUUCCUAAUAUAUUUUAUGGCGAUUUGAAUGCGAAGAUUUCUGUAUUAAAUAGUGCAAUUGAGUCAACUAAUUCACUAUACAAAUUGUAGUGAACUAAUGCAAAUCUGGCGUUUUUAUGUAAAUAAAUGGUUUAGAUACUCUUGUUUAUAUGUUUUUGAUGUUUUUUUGUGAGGAAAGUGUCCUGCCAUAACCACCACGAUCAAAACUGAGGAAAAAUAGUUAAGCAGAGCUGAAUGUUGAAAUUUGCCAACGUCCUUUGUAUGUUUCACGUUCAUAUUUAUUAAGUUGUUUUUAAUGUACAUAAAACAGUGAAUAAGUUGGCUAUCGCAACGCUACCAUUUUUCCAAAGGUCUAAAUGCGGCAUGAAUGUUUAGUGAAUCUACUUGUGAUAAAAUAAAUUAUUUAAUGUUGUAUUAUAAAAACAUUUUUCUUAAACAUUUUAUUAUAUGUUGGCCUUUGUAAAUAUUAUAUUGAGUAGCUUAAUGAGAAUAUAAUAAAUGAUCAAAUUGUAA